AUCAAUCGAUUGAGAGUAAUCAAACAGUGAUAAUGGUGUUCUGGGUGUUAGCAGCAUUAUUAGUAGCCGUAAUUUAUUACGCAAAUCAGUACUUCUUUAGCUACUGGAAACGAUUGGGUGUGCCACAACAAGAUGCACCAACAUUUUUGUUCGGCGACAUAGCCGAUAUAUUUUUCGGAGGUAAAAAAUCCAUCGGAGUAACGUUUCUCGAAUUCUAUAAUCGAUUCAAGCACAACAAAAUCCAUGGAUUGUACUUUUCGUAUCGGCCAUCAUUGAUAGUAAAUGAUCCUGAAGUCAUCCAAGAAGUUAUCAUUAAAGACUUCUCGAGUUUCCAUGACCGAGGAAUGUUCGUUGACGCUGAAGUUGAUCCACUCAGUGCACACCUCUUUUCAUUGAGUGGGCAGAAAUGGAGGGAUUUGCGAGUAAAAGUAUCGCCCACCUUUACAUCCGGCAAGUUGAAGGUUAUGUAUCCCACCAUUCGGGAUUGUGCUAAAACAUUGCAAGACCACUUGGCGAAAAACGCACAGAACGUGAAAUGCUAUGAAUUCGAUUCGAGGGACUUGUUUGCACGAUUCACAACCACGGUAAUUUCGUCGGUUGCCUUUGGAAUUGAAAAUGAUUGCAUCAACGACCGAGAUAAUAUUUUCCGUAAAAUGGGAGAACGGAUCUUCGAGAGAAAUUGGAAGGAGAAAUUAGUGCAGAUCAUUUCACUUUUCACGCCGAAAAUUUUAGAAAAACUGAAGAUCAAACGGAUCAGUCAAGAAAUGGAGGAUUUCUUUAUGUCAGUUGUCCGAGAUAGUAUCGACCUUCGCGAAAAAGGUGGAAGUUCGGCACAACGUAAAGAUUUUAUGCAGUUGAUGAUUCAGUUGAAAAACCAAGGCUAUGUGUCAGUGGACAAGAACGAAGAGCAUGAAGUUCAGAAGCAGAAAUCAAGCGAAAUGAAGAAGUUAACAAUUGACGAAAUUGCCGCCCAAGCUUUUGUAUUUUUCGUUGCCGGUUUUGAAACGUCGAGCUCAACGAUGAAUUUCUGCAUGUACGAACUUAGCAAAAAUCCAGACAUUCAGAGGAAGGUCCAUGAGGAACUCGACAAUACCUGGAAAUCGGGCGAUAUGAAUGAUCUUACUUACGACGUUCUGGGCUCAAUGAAAUACCUCGACUGGUGUGUUGACGAAACUUUGCGAAAAUAUCCAAUUGUACCGUUCCUAAAUCGAGAAAGUACCAGAGAUCACCAAUUCUCCGGAACGAAUAUGAAAAUCGAGAAGGGAAUUCUCAUUACAAUUCCAGUAUUGGGUAUUCAUCGCGAUCCAGAAAUUUAUGAUAGUCCGAUGGAAUUCCGACCAGAACGAUUCGAGAACUCAUCAACCGGUAAUCCGAAUGUGCGGGGAGUGUGUUACAUGCCGUUUGGCGACGGUCCCAGAAGUUGCGUGGGGGCACGAAUGGGAAAACUACAAACGAAAAUUGGUCUUGCAGCCAUUUUGCAGAAAUACAAAUUUGAAUUUGUUGAUCAGAGUUUAUUGCACAAAGAAAUAACGGAAUUUUAUCCAGCUCAAAUCAUACUCACACCCAAAACUAACUUUAUGCUACGAGCUACUACCAGAUAAAGGACUUGUUAAGCAAGAGAAAAAGUGGAAAGUUGCUCCUCGAGGGUGCUAGAGGCCGGAGCGUUGCGAGUGCUACAAUAACCCAAGAAAACACUUUCCACUUUUCUUGCAAAGGUAAAAAUAAUUGUUUUCAAAAGAAAGAAGCCUAAAGUAUUG